AUGGUUCUGUUCAUACAGGUUUCAAAGAGUUUUCCGGAGUGUCUGCAGGUGGAUAUCUGCCUUCAUCUCAAUCGGAAUCUGCUUAACAACUGCCCCGCCUUCCAGAGAGUCUCGGCAGGUAAGGACGCCUUUUUCGGUGAGAACGUUCAAGACCUGACCAACAGUGGGAAGUCUCUGUACUUUGUUCACGCCCUGACCUACUGCGAUAUCAACAAGAUCGAGCUGUCUGUGCUGAAAGAGACGCUUUAUACGUGCCCGGAGUUUGCACAGGAAUUUAUGGGAAAGAUACAGGAUACAUUCAACCUGAAACGGGGUGUGUUGACGGAAACCCAACGGCAGACGAAGAUGGACGACGAAACACUCAAAUUUAUCCGUCAGAAGAGACCGCACAUGCAAUCGAAAGGCAGACGCCAUGUCUAUGACGCCGACCUCACGACCGGUAGAUCCGGCUUCCGUAGAAAAGCUCGCCAUUAGACGGCGCCUCCGUCGUCUGACCCAGAUGACGACCAAGCGUCUCGGGCGAUCGACAUUUCACCGGAACAAGCGUCUAGUGAUAUCGACGUAGAGUUCGUGGAUAGAAGCAACCAAGGCUCGGGAAGUUCCCUUAUAAAAGAUCACAAAAAGUUACCCGCCUCGCUGUCGAAAAAAAUGGGUUAAAUGCUUUUUGUGUCGCCUCGGAUUAGCAUGUGCUGUCAACACAGAUUUAAGGGACGCCACAUUUCUACUCAACUGGAUUUUCGCUACAGAAAAAUACAUUUGAGCAAAAAAUCAUAUCAGCGGACCGCACAGGCUAAUAUGAGACGACACCUAACGCAAAUGCAUUCUUCAUGAGCUAUUGAAAUGUCUAUUUGUUUAAAAACAUUCUGUCCUAUUUGUAAUUAAAAAAGGCAGUGUUCUGUUUGUUAAAAUUGCCACGUGCUCCAACAGUCGACACGUGCAUCCACAGUUUCCCGUAAAUGCUGCAGCAAUAAUAAUUUGGCCGUCCCUCAACUUAAUGCAACAGUAUUUCACUUUAAUCUAUCGAUUGUUACAAUAUUAAUGUUUAUUUUAGAAAUAUACGCUUCUAUUGACGGUAUUAACCUUUAUAUUUUUUAAGUCCCGUUAUCGUCGUAUACUGCUGCCGAUAGUUUGAGACUCCGGAUCUACCAGAAAUCACAUCCGCGCAUGCGCAAAAAAAUACAAUACUGUUCUGUGAAAUGCAAAUGUGUUUAAUACCAAAGCAAUAUUUUGGAAAAAUUGUUGCAGUUUAUUUUAUUACCGGCCCUGAUUGACCCUAUCGAUUUCAUCCUAUUUGACUUUAUAGUCAUUAAAAUAUAUUUUCGAAAAGUCAAAUCUAACCAGUAUAUCCUACUAAACACCCACAGUGUAUACAGGAUUCACCGUUGA